UACGUGAUUGUCAACACGAAAUUCUUUUCAGAAUAAGUCCUGAAUUCGAAACGAAGCUGUCGAAGAAUGUCAGUUUUCAAGUCACUGACUGUUAUUUUAUAAAUAACAUUAUUUAUGUAAAACAGCUAUAAAAUGAGGGCAGUUCCUACUUGGGUGGAUAAAGUUCACGACAGAGACAAAGUUGAACAAUGUAUCUAUGAUUUGUGCUUUAGACCUGAUGGAUCUCAACUAAUUGUAGCAGCAGGAAACCGUGUGUUAGUGUAUGAUACAGCAGAUGGGGCAUUAGUUCAGCCUCUAAAAGGUCAUAAAGAAGCUGUAUAUUGUGUGUGUUACAGUCGAGAUGGGAAGCGAUUUGCUUCAGGAAGUGCGGAUAGAAGUGUUAUUAUAUGGACUUCAAAACUAGAGGGCAUUUUAAAGUAUUCACAUAAUGAUGCAAUACAGUGCUUAUCUUAUAAUCCAGUUUCACAUCAGUUAGCCUCAUGUGCUCUAAGUGAUUUUGGCUUAUGGUCACCGGAACAGAAGAGUGUACAAAAAUAUAAGAUCACCAGUAGAAUUUACAGCUGUGCUUGACUAAUGAUGGUGUUUAUUUGGCUCUUGGCUUGGCAAAUGGAACUGUGUCUAUUAGGAACAAGGUUGGU